AUGAAGACAGCGGCGCCGCGGCGCAAGUCACCGUCGUCCCCUGGGGAGGGCCAGUUCGAUGACUAUGAGGAGCGCUUUGUUUCGCUUGAGCGGCACCAGCGAGUGGUUCACUACUACCUGAGGAGGAAUGGCAAGGAGACGCUGGCGGUGGUCGGCACGGAGAAGUCCCCGAGGCAUCUGAACUAUGUUGUUCAAGCAGCUUUCCUGGAGGCUGUGGGGCUGAGCCCCUCCGGGGAGCUUAUAAAGUGGCGGACGCGGCGAGAGGUGCUUGAGUGGCUUGACACUUUUGUGAAGGAGCCAAAAGGAGGUCAUGGACAGCCCCCUUCCUUCGAAGAGCGCGCCACCGGAAAGUUCAAGAAGCAGAAGAAGCUGUCCUCAGCUGUGGUGGGAAAGCUUCCCCGCCGGCCAGCGGAGUCCUGGUUGGGGGACGAUGGUCGGACGCACUUCAGCUCCGUCAACCAGAAGGGUACCACUAUUGCUGCGCAUGACUUUGUGCGAAUCGCUGGUGUGACUGGUUCUGAAAAGGUUGCGUACGUAGAGGAUCUUGCGCAAGCGGAGGGCGAGGAGGUGGUCCUCGAAGUGAGGUGGCUGCAGCCCGCAGAUUCCUUGCAUGCCAAGCGCCUCCUGCUGACUGACUCCACCGACGAGGUUCCUAUUGCUGACGUGGCGGGGCCCGCUGCCGUGCUGACAGAGGCGCACUGGGACCGCUUCAGCCCCUCCCUCCCAGAGGCUCAGCUGAAGCACGUCUACUUCUCCUCAGGGGGGCCGACAGGCCCUAGCAUACAAGCCCUGAAAGGCUACUGGACUCAGCGCCACGCCGCGCAGGUCCUUGGCGACGGCGUGCUCUCCUCCCUGAAGCCCCCUCGCAAGCGCCCCGCCGACCUCCCCCCCUCCUCCCCCCCCCACGCUCUCUACUACGCCGAGGACGACGUCGAGAGCACCCCCCCGAUCCGGAAGAAGCGGCGGCGCGUCCCGGGGGAUCCCCCCCGCCGGCUGGGGCGCCCGCCGAAGCUGCUGACGUCAGCGGGGGGUGCCGUGAGCCCGAAGCCGAUCCACGGGGGGACGAAGCGCGUGCAGGGCAGCCCGACGACGCGGGGUUUCGGCGGGUUCGGGGGGUUCGCCGUCGGGGACGCGGUUGAGACGCUGAGCGAGGACUCGGGCCUGCGGGGGUGCUGGUUCCGGGGGAAGGUCGUGGCGGUCGCAGCUCCUCGGCGGCUCAAGAUCCGGUACGACGAACUGGAUGACGAGGAGGCCGGCGGCAAGCUCGAGGAGUGGGUCACUGUCUCGCGUUCGAGCGCCAAAGACUCUCUCAACCUGCGCGCCUCCGGCCGGAGCAAGGUCCGCCCCCGACCGCCCAAGCCGGCCCUUCCGGUCACUUUCUGCCCGGGGACUGCUGUCGAGGCCUGGUGGAACGACGGGUGGUGGGAAGGCGUGGUUUCCACCGAGCAGGAGGAGAAGUUCGAGGUCUUCUUCCCUGGAGAAGGCGACUCGGCGUGGUUCCAUCCAACGGACCUCCGCCCCUCAAAAGAGUGGCUCGAGGGCGCCUGGAAAGAAGUCCCCGGGCUUAAGGACGUCGCCGGGCUGAUGAACCGGGGGAUCCCUGAGGCAAUGUGUGUGGAAAACGACUCCGACGAGAUGCCAAAAGCAGGAGCCAAACUUGAGGACACCGGUGCGGAAGUGAAAGCUGAGGAGGGCCCGUGCGCGAUGGAAGUGGAUGACGGGCACUCCCCCGGCACUCCCGCGGUGUGCGAGCCCCAGAAGAGCGCGGCCGUGCUGGCGCUGAGCAGCUUCCCGCGGGAGAAGCCCUCGCUGCUGCGGACCGCGUCUGGCGGCGGCGGUGGCGUCCGGAAACUCGGCCCGUCGAACCUUGGGCGGAGCAGCGCCCCGCUGACGUCACCACCGGUUGGCGGGGGCUUGAAAGAAGCCGCUGGGAAGCAUGAGCGGUUCGAGUGUUUGGAGAAGAUCGAGGAUGAGGAUGAACCUGCGAACUGGGGGGGUUUUAAGGGCGGGCCAGAGGGACCCCCCGACAGAAGCGUGCUUCCCGCGGGGGGGGAGCAAAGCAAGGUUCGUACCCCCCGGUUUGACAUUGUCCCAACGCCCGCCGGCAAGGAGCACGUCGUUUGGACAAGCCCGUCGCCUUCGCCGUCCUGCCACGGUUCUUUGCCCCCGCCCGCACAGAAAUGGGAGUCGCCCGCCAACGCUCUCGAAAGCGAGCAGAAGGCGCCACCGGCAGAGCCCGAGGGAGGCGCAGCAGUCGCGCAGCAAGUCCCGGCGAGCCGGCUUGCCGAGAUGGAUCCGAACUCCGAGGUCAAAGAGGCAGCCUGCGAGCUCCCUAGGCCGGUGAUAGCAGUCAAACGCGCGGAGAUGCCCGCGCGCGCCUCCGCGGCGCAGCAGAGCUGCUCUGUGGAUGCUGGGCCUCCUAAGCCAGGCCAUCCGCAGCCAAUUUUGUCAAGGUGAUAAUUCCAGAUUUUGACCGGUGCAGCAUAGGCAGUCUGAAGGACCUAUUGUAAUAUGGCCGUGUUCGUCAGGCUCAAGAAAUGAGCUGAGGUUUGUAGCCGGGCAGAUUUUGGAAGCCCAGCCUUUGGCCCAAGCCUCGGAUGUUGGAAGCCUGUGCGGCUGACGGUAGCGUUAUGACGUUCAGGUAAAGAUAUUGGAUGCAGGUUUUGCGUAGGCUGUAAACGAUUAAGGUGCAGGAGUGGCAGCUGCAGACUUGCCGCACAUGCUGGCAGAAGACACUUUAUAUGACACUAUGGGGACACCACGACAUGGUCCCGGGCUCGGG